AUGUUGGAGUCAGUUGUUGAGCGGCUGCUAAGCCGCUACCUGGCUCCUUACGUGCAGGGCAUCAGCAAGGAAAAAUUGUCUGUGGCCGUGUGGAGCGGCAACGUUGAGCUGACAGAAUUGUAUGUAAAGCCAGAGGUCUCUGACCUACUAGGCAUUCCUUUCAAGCUUGCCUGGGGCCGCAUAGGGAAAAUUACCCUCAAGAUUCCUUGGGCUAGCUUGGGCUCAUCUCCCGUAUGUGUGGACAUCCAAGAUGUGUAUUUAAUGCUCGAGCCAAAACCCAUUCCCCGGCAGGCGGACGCAGAACUGCAGCAGCAACUCAGACUUACCAAAAUGCAGCAAAUAGAAGCUUGUGAGGGUCAACUCCAGGAAGUUCGGCAGCAGUUGCAGCAGCAGCUGCAGCAGCAGCAGCAGCAGCCGGGGAAAGACGCCGAGGGAGGUUUCUUCUUUCGCCUCGCUAAUAAGGUACUCAGUACGUUGCAGGUCAGCAUCAAAGGUAUUCACCUUGCUCUUGUAGAUCACGGGAGGGGAUUCAAAGCGGGAAUACUGCUGGAAUGCAUGUCUCUGCACAACACUGAUGAAACAUGGACACGCCAAGACCAGCAACAGCAGCAACAGCAGAACUUUUACAAGGCUUGCGAGCUGACAGGCCUAGCCGCAUAUUGCGCGCUGGACCAGAAAAAGGUAGCGGCAGCAGCAGCAGCAAGGGACACCUCGGCAACCGAGCUCGAGGAAGAGUCGGAAGUGGAUGCAGAGCUACACCUCGGAAGUCCUCAGACCUUUUCUAAGGGGCCUCAAGUAGGAGCGUCUCCUGGAUCUGCCUCAGAAGAAGGGAAAGGCAGAAGCAGCUCUCCAGAGGAGGCUCACGCUGUCAGCACAGAGCUGCAUGACGAAGAGCUCCAAGGCAGGUCAACGGAGACCCCAGCAACACAGACAGAAAAGAAGGCAACCGAAAGUGGGAGCCCCGCAAGAACUUCUUCCUUCUCUUUUGAAAGCCCUGUUGCCUCUGGCGCACCUUCGAGAGAACAGUCACGGCAGUGGCAUCGCCAGUCCCCCGCGUCCUUAGGCGGGACAGGAACGUCAAGUGCACGGGCAGCGGCGGCUGCAACGGGAAGAGCAACAGGAACCGAGGGCAGAAAGACAGGACGCUGCAGGUAUAUCCUGAAGCCCCUCCAUGUGCGCUUGACAAUAGCUCAUGCAGCAGCAAAGCACGAGUUCUCUGCUCGGCUGGAGGUCUUGAAGGAGAGCCAUGGAGUGGCCAUAGGGAAGGCUCAGUUAGCAGCUUUGCUGCAGCUACUGCAUGAAGCCGGAGCUCGGCGAAAACGCUGCGAGAGACUGCUGCUGCGGGAGGCGCACACAGUGUGCCUUGCUCCUGAGGACCUGGAAGGGAAUGGAAAGACUCAGCGGGAGUUUACUGCGCUGUAUGGACGCCAGGUUCAGGUGGAGGCAGGGGUCAAGGGCGUACAGCCAUUGACAGCGAAAGAGGAGAGACGUUUGCAGGUGCUUUAUGACGUUGUGGGGGUUCGCCAUCUAGCGAAAUGGCGGAGCAUUUGUAGAGAAGCAACAAACCGAGUCCUAGAAGAGACACAAAAGGUGCACGAAUUGAGACACCCCAAACCCCCGCCAAGGAGAUGGUGGCAGUGGACCGCAGGGCGGGUUCAGCCGCAGCAGCAAGAUGAACAGCAAGAGGGAGACGAACAACCGCUCAUAACUCAGGAGGACAUACAACUGAUCAUGGACUCUGUGCAGAAGGACGAGAUUCUGCAGGGUAUGGAUCUGCCCUCAAAGUACCAUCUAAGUUUUGAUUUGUUACAGUUUCGGGUGUCUCUGGAAGAUGACGAAGAUGAAGAAGGCGUGUAUAGAGAAGACAGUGAAUCUCAGAUACCCCUACAGAGGCCCUCAGAUCUCCCAGAUGAGUUCCCGCUGCCCCCACGGGAAUGCACGGCGCUUUCACCUGCUAUAGAAGCAGCAGGAGCGGAACAAAUACCAGCAGAGAACCUAACAACGGAGACAGUAGCACCAGGGACGGCUGAAGGGAAUUUUUCAUCUUUUAUCUCUGUGUCUCUUCGUGGCCUUCGCGCCUCCUUAGACUGCUGCAACCGUCAAGAUUAUUCAGGAGAAGACAACGCAGAGUGGGCUUUCUCUUUUUCUCUGGCAGAUUUCACAAUCUGCCAGAAGAAGCACGCUCUCGUGCACUUCCGCAGCGAAGGAGACAGCAGUAGCAGCACUAGCAGCCCCUACGGCAGAACGCGCGUGGGUAUAUUCGGAGAGACAGGAAAACUGAUGCAGCUGCCAUCAGCAAUAUUGCGUGCGUCUCCCAACUCUCUAGCAGCAGCUAGGUUUGUGCUGCAGCACCAGCUCACCCCUCGGGGGAAUAUCCUCUGUGUGUCUAUCCAUUUGGCCCCUGUUGUGGCAUCUGUGCGCCCGGACCUCCUGAAGACACUUUGCGCCUUCUUUGUUUUUGACACCCCAGACGACGUCAGGCGCUUAGAGAGCGCUGAGUCUUCUAGCUCUUCAACAGCUGUGCCCAGAGUUCCCUCAAGUGAGCCUGCUGAGAGCACAGCAGCCGCUGGCUCUUCAGAUAGCGAGGCGCCAGAGCAGCUGCAGCGGGACCUCGGUGCAAUGCGUGCGCGAGAGUUCGUGGAGGGGCUGCGAGAGAAGGGAGAGACAGUGUAUGCUGCUGCCGUGCAUCGCCUGCCGGCGUUGCUGCAGCUUGAACUUAAUAUUGCUGCUCCAAUUUUCCACUUCGACUCGCUGGCCGCGGGCAGUGUGUCUGUGCAUCUGGGGACAUUGGCGCUGAAGACCGAUGGACCCUGCCCGUACGACUCUCUGCGGGCCAUGGUAGACCUCAAUGAGACGCGGCUACUGUGCACUCCUAAAGAUGCCCGCGAGGUGUCUCUGCUGCGUCCUAUCCCGAUCCACAUGCAUUUACAAGUUGAAAAAUUGUGCCAGAUAAAACUGGACGUUUCGUUUGAACAUAUAUACGUUGAGGCUACGCCAGAGGCAGUCGCCCUCCUGCUUGCGGUCCCCGCUUCACUGGCCAAGUCCGUCAUGCACCCAUCUCUUCCGCCAAACGCUCUUGCAGCUUCAGUUGCAGCUUCGGCUGCUGCUUCUGCACCAGCCGCUGUUGGUGGGGUUGAGGAGGCUGCGAAACAUGGCAGCCGAGUCCCCUCUGCAGCUGGAACGGCUUUACAGACAAUCAAAGAGAUUCCAGCAGCGCUGCGAGCUGCACCAGCCUCCCCUGACGACGAUAACAGGAGCAGCAGCAGCAGCAGCGACAGCUGUAAUGGCAGAAGUUUUGUCCUUGAGUCCACGUGGCGGUUUAGGCAGUGCGGAUUUAUUGUUCACAGCAGCAGUGGUACAAACGAGAAGGGGGUGCUGAAGGCCCAGAUUUCAGAUUUGGAGGUAGAGGUUGGGGCUGACUCUGGAGAAGGAACCUGCAGUGUGACUGCAGCGCUAAGAGAUGCCUUUGUUUCUGACCCCUCCACGGACUCGCUGCUCUUCCAGUCGCUUGACCAGCAGGCGUCGAGUGCCGCCAUCUCCCCACAGCCGUCUGUGUCCAUAGAGCAGUAUAGGAGUGCGCUGUCUCACGCUGACACGCUAGGACAGCAGGCUGAGGCUUUCCACGACGCCUUAGAUGAGCCACUGGAUGAACCUGAAGGAGGAGCUGGGAGCGUACGUAGCCUGCGACUGUCUCUUAAGUACAGCAAGGAAGGUAGCCCACAAACAAAAGUCGCCCUGGUUGUGCUUCCGGCGGAGUUCCACUGGAGACAACAGUCUCUUCUUCAAAUUAUCCAGACUGCACAGUUGUACAAACAGCAGCUGCACCAGCAACUCUCCGCCGCAGCAGAAACCUUCACCCGACCUCCGUUUUUAUCAGACGCGGCGUUCGCAGCUCUGCACGACGCUCUCCAAGCCAUGCAAAAUUCACUCGCCCGCGGUGACGGCAGCGACCAGGCAAAGCUCGCUUCCUCAUCAUCUCCUACCGCCAGUGGAAACAGCAGCAGCACCGGCUGCAGCAGUUCAGGUGACGGAAAUAUCAACGGAGUUCCUUGGAUGCGCACGGGUAUGGAGGUUGGAGGCGAGAUGCCCCCUUUAGCUGCUCUCUCAGACAUCAACGUGCAGCACGGGAACGAACCUUCAACCCUUAGGAGUAGCAGCAGUAGGAGCGAGAUGGCCUGUUUACCCGUAUCUCUUUCGCUGGAUUUGACUGUUCAAGGAGCAGCCGUGUCUUUUUGGGAAGGCCGCUCUGUCUGCUGUCGCGUUGGAGUCAGAGACGUCUGCGCCCUCGUGACUGCCUACCCCAACGGGGACAGCGAGACGCUCCUCUCAAUCAGACAUGCAGCAGUAAUCCUUAAUGGCCGUUGUGUUGUAGCCCCCAGAGAGCACCAGGAGCAGCUAGAGCAACAAAUAGGACAGGACGUGGAGGAGGAGAAGAUGCAGCCGGUUCUUGUGUCACUAAAGAUACGACAGUACGGGGGUGGGCACCCUGUAACGGGCCAUCCUCUUCCAUUCUCAGUUUGCGUUUCAGGUCGUGUGAAUCAGAUGUGUUUAGUGUACAUACACCAGGACAUUCAGGCCAUCAUAAAUUACUUGGAAGACGGCAUAUUUGAUCUGUUCAUUUCUAAGUCGUACGAAGCAGUCAAACAAGCCACCACAGGCUCUCGCUCUCUCUUCGCGCUCCACAUUGACUGCCCACUCUUUUUUGUACCUGAAAACAAGGCAGCGAUUCCUGCACUGCAGCAACAACAGCUGCAAGAGAAACAGGAGCAGUCUCCCCGUCCAGAGAGUGAAGCUGAGUCGGUCGCUCUUGCUGUGGCGCCAGCUAAAGUUGAACUGCGUGGUCUUGGCCGAUUUUUUGUCUUUAGCGCUGGCAUUCUGCAAGUCAGUAAUGCUUAUACCCCUGUGGCUGCCAGCCCUGGUCAGGAGUGCCCCCAAGGCGGAGGCCACCGGCGUGACUCAGGCAAACACAACGGAGGAACCAGCUUGUCAGCACGGUCUGGCCAACAGGGUGAGGCCAGCGCCGUCAGCACAAGCAGCACAAGCCAAGUGCAGAAGCGGGAGCCUCGUGACGUCGCAGCAACACCAGCACAGGACGAUGUAGCGUUCAAUUUGAAACUAGACUUCUCAGGCAUGCAGCUGAGCGCAAGAGACAAUGUGGAUAAGCCCCUGCGGGGCCCCGAAGCUGGUGGGGAUUCUGUUAACGAGAUGACUUCGAUCGAGGGGAAAGUCUUAGAGACAGCCAUCGUGAGUGUACGGCUGCAAGCAGCAGGGCGUGUCUCUGUGGUGGUCGAGACUUCACCCUGGUUGUUGCAUCUUUCUAGGGAGCAGCUCACGCUCCUCCUUGAUGUGCUUAACGAGAACCUUACCGGACAAGGAUACUCUAGUGCUCCUACUACAACGGCAGUGGGCAGCAGCAGCCAAAUCAGCGAAAAAGGGAGCGACGAGGCUGAGAAGGCGCUAGAGGCCACGUCGAUGGAAGAUCUGUCGCCUGUUCUUCGAGUAGAUGUGCGCCUGUGUAUCCCUAAGCUGCUGCUUGAGACGUCGGUGGGGCCCCACACUCCGCUGGCUCUGCUGACAGUACACCGCAUUGCUGUCAUUGCUGAUGCUACCACUUCAGCAGACGCGGGCACGCAGUUCCACCUGCAGGUUACAGGGGAUGUCUUUGCUGUAGACGACUUGCGGCCGAACACGGUUAACUACUACCGCAGGCUGGCUCAUUGCACAGGAGGAGUGUCCGGAGACUUCCAAGGGGGCUCACGAGAGUCUCCGGGGACUUCUGAUGGAGGAGAUAUAGAGGGAAGUGAACGCAAUAACGAUAGUGCUAUGGAUGGAGAUGAAAGCUGCCGCCCUGCAGUGUCCCUACAUAUGAGCUCCGGAGGAGGAAGUGGAGUGAUUGAAGUAGAGCUGAGAGAUGUCACUUUAUAUGCACUUGUCGUUGGUUUCACCGACUUGGGCAAAUAUUUCUCUUAUGCGUACGCAUGCAGCACCAUGAAACGGUACCCGAAACCACAAGCCCCGCUCUUGGUGGAGCGGCAGCAGAAAGAACAGAAGAGGCAGAAGCAACAAGAUCAGCAAGCAAGCUCUGCACGCAGCUCGCCUCUAGGACCGCGCACAGUUUCAAGAACCUUUGAGAAGAAAGGACCGACAGCAACCCAGCCGGCAGAGUCUCAGCCAUAUCGGCGCAGCAGCAGCAAUUCCAGCAGUGACAACAGUAGCAGCAGCACGAUGAUAAGCCUGCGCGUGUUCAAUGGGCAGUUUGUGGUGUUCUCGGACCUGGAAAGUCCCACCGCCCCUUUGAUUGUGUGGAGCGGGGACUUCUUUGUGUCUCUGAUUUCUGGAGGCGCUGCUAUUAGCUUGCAGCAGCUAGAGAUACAGAGCAGCAAGGUCUCCCGGCUAGAGGCAGCGCCUGGUGAAGGUGAGUUUGCUGUUAGUAGUAGCAGCAGCAGCAUUAGAUGCAUGUCAUACGAGUACGCUAGGGUCUCCUCCUUCGGUACUGGGCAGUUGUUCCGUACAACACAACCACAACAGCUAACAAACACUGCAGAGGAAGGCGGCCAGCAGCAGCUAACAGGCUCGGCAUCUCUUGCGGGCCGCGUUGGGCACGAUCGCCAGGAGCAGCGAGGACAGCAGGAUAGGUAUGGAGAGGAGUGUUUGCUGGUCGGGAAGUGGCCCGAUGCUAGCCGGCUCAUUCCCUCCAUGCUGCCUGAGGGGGCAGUGCUGCUAUGUGAGAGCUUGUCAGCUCGCGGGAAAGGCAUUUUCUUUGCGGCUGCAACAGAUGCAGAGCUACAGCAGCAUCAAGGAGACUCCGAGGAGGACGAGGCAGAUAGUGACGCAGAUGAGACUGAUGAUGUCGCAGAGACAACCCGCACCCAGCUCCCAGGGCAGUCUCGGAUGUCUGCCAUGCAGAGAGCAUUUUCAGGGGCUGCAGCUGCCGCGACAGCUGCUGCUGCUGCGGCUGCUGCCGAGGCGCCACGCGCCCUCACGACGCGACAUAGCGUGUAUCUCAGCGGAGUUACUGUCCCUGUGGGGGCUGAAAGAGCGGCAAAACGGCUUGCAACGCUGACAACGAAAGUGCGAAUGCAGCUUGUCGUACCCAAAUUCUUCCUUCGUGUUAGCAGCAACGACAUUGCGCUGCUGCUGAGCGCUCUGCGUGGCGUCAACUCUGAUGGACCAACAGUUGCUCUCUUCCCAACUGAGAUGAACCCUUCAGGAGCAGCACCAGCGCCUGCAGCAAAACAGCAAGCUGACACUGUGCCAUCCAGUGAACAGCAGUCAAGCGGUAGCCUUCCGCAACAACAACAGCGGCAACAGCAGCAGCCGGAAAAGCUCCAGGCACGACAGCGCGAGGAGCAGCAGCAAGAAAACCAGUUGGAAGUUGCUCAGGACGUUCGGGUGGUUGUACAGUUGGACGGUGUUGAUCUGCUGCUUUUGGAUGAUUUGCGAGCAUCGGUUGUUCCACUGGUGCAGGCACACUUGUCUGUGAGUCAGUUGAAGGGUCGGAUUUCUCGACAGCGCCUUGUGGUGUCCUUGACAGACAUGCACUGCGGUUUCAGCUUUCUUAACGUAAAAAGUGGAACUUGGGACCCCUUCAUAGAACAGCUGACCCUGACUGCAGUGUACAGACGGGACCUAAAACUGGAGAACAGGCUGCAACAGCAGCACCAGCAACGGCUAAGGGGUAACAGCACAAGCGGUAGUACCGCUGCAGCAGUAGCAGCUGCCGGGGGUGUCGCUGCAGCGGACCAGUGGACAAAUUCGAAGGCGGCGAGGGCACUGCUAAUCAGCAGCUACAGCCCGUUUUUGUUGAAUCUUACGCCUCAGCUCUGUCGGCUGUUGUCUUGGUUUGUCCCUUACUUACUACAGCACAUCCAGCAGGGGCCCUCAAAGGGCCCUUCGUCUACCCCUGCCUCGCGAACCGCGAGUGUGGUGCUGGGCCCCGAUACCACUAAGUCAGGCUCCCCGUCUGCUUUGGCAGCAGACGCCGGGGGAGAUCGAAAACAAUCUGCAACAGUAUCGCCUUCAGAAAGGUCUGCCAUCGCUACUGCAGCUCGGGGGUAUGCAGCAGAUGCCGCUGCUGCUGUUGCUGCAGCGCAGCAGCUCCAAGCCAGCGGAGCCCCGUUCAGGUACCUCAACCUCACAGGAGAGUGUUUGUACGCUUUCACGCUUGUUUCCGAGCAGCAGCAAAACGAAAAACAGCAGCAGCCUGGGCAGCAGCAGCAGCAGCAGCAGGGACAGCAGCAGGAUGCAGACGAGGACGAGGAGAGAGAGACAACAGGCGCGGUGAUGGUGCUUCAGGUAGGGGGCUCAAUGUCUCUGCCACUGGAGGCCCUCAUGGAGGGUCGCACAGCUGAAUCGUCGCGGAGCGCCCACAUAAGGCAGAGAGUGUUCCUCGCGUUUUGUCCCCCGAUUUCGGUAGUACAGCAAGUGGCAGAGGUGCUGCCCAAGGUCUCGUAUGCAGAUAUUCUGCGCAGUCUUCUCUGCACCAGAGAUACGGCGAAGACCAUUGACGAGCUUCUUGGUACAGAUGAGACGCAGCCUGCUAUUGCUGAUACAUCUCCUGGAACUGUUCCCGCUACGAAGACUCCUGCCCAACAGCAACAACAGCUGAGGAGAAAGUGCGUGGGGCCUUUCCCUCAUGGAAUGCGGGCAGUGUUGGUAGAGGCGAUGAAAAGCUACAGCGUAACUCUGAUGCUGCCCAACUGUGAGCAGCUGCAACAACAGCAGGCGCCUCAGCGUACGGGAAGGCCUGCGAACUUGCUGGAUGAGACGAAGCAAAUGUUAAAGUCUGCUCUGCAUGGGGCGGCGGUUGGAGAUACGAAGCUGCCUGAAAGCAACCCAAUGGCGACACGCACCUUGACUUCCCCGGCGAAGCAACAGCAGCAACUUUCACAGAGCACUACUGGAGCCCUUGAGUCUUCGGGAGCUGCACGAGGAGGUACAGCGCCGAAGCAUUCCUCUUUGCUUGAUCUGGGAAAGUCCCUGUUGCACGUUGGAGAUGCGUCCCCCAGGAGGGCCAGCCGAGGGGAAUGCGAGCUUGUAGGUCAGGUGCUCAGCCCCCACCCCUCCUACAAGCUGCUGCUGCUUACCUCUACAUUGAUUCUGCAUAAUCGCAGUGGUAUGCCUCUGGAAAUCUGUUUUCUGGACAAGGGAAGACGACCUAUGCUGCUGCCAAUGGCAGCAACUGCAGCAGCACCGCUCAGCGUGCUUCAGGACCAGCCCGAUACACAGCCAGGCGACACGCAGAGCUUCAAGGAGGUACUUUCACUUGAUCCUCAGCUACAGCAGAUACCCCAGUGGAUGCUAGAAAGGCAAGAGCACCAGCAAGAGCAGCUCAUGCAGGAGUUGUUAUCGCAGCAAGAACUGCUCCGUCUGCUGCAACGUGCAACCGACAAAAGUGUGGCAAGUUAUCCCAGCGGCCGCAAAAUAUCUGUUGAAGCGACUCGAAGCCGAAGGCUUGGCGGCCCAGGGUGGUCGCCCCUAGCGUUCCAGCAGCAAGAGCAGCAGACGAACAAGUAUGCAUACACAUUUCUGCUGCCAAACCAGCACUUCAUGUCAGUGCCCCAAGACGCGAUCUUGGGGUCUGGAUGGGCCCUCGUGUGUUUCCGCCCUGCAGCAUUCGCUGCAGACAACAGGGAAUCGGAGAAGGGAGAGGCCUUCCCUUCUCCACCUGACAUGGUGCCCUAUUCGGGCUGGUCUGAAUGUAUAGACACCCGGAACCGAAGUAUCGGCCAACAUAGUGCACAGUGUGCCUACGUGCCACCUGAAGAGCGCGGCUCUACCGCUGCAGCAGUACUUGCAACGAAAGAUGCAGCAACUGCUGCUUCACUUAUAAAGCGCGAGAAGGUCCUCUUUUUCCAUUUGUUGCAAGAAGAUCACAAGACAGCCUUUCCAGCAGAACGGAUGCUGCGGACCCUCACAGUUUUCCCCUCUCUGACACUCAUAAAUACGACAUUGACGGAGUUGGAUGUUUGCGUCCUGCCUCCCACGUUGGGUGGCUCAGGGGCCCAGCCAGCGUCCACGGCUUUGCCCCACAGGAGGCCUCCCGCAGCGUCAGCAGUGCAGCGGCUGCAGGACCUGCAACAACGCCCCGUCCUCCAAGCUACGUUGACCCGGCAGUCUGUUUUUUAUGUUUAUGAGGUCCCUCCAAGCCUCCACCUGUCACUAUGGCUGCGAUUUACAAUACUUGACGGGGCGCAGUGGUCGCCAAUGCUCCCAAACUUCCUUGCGCCAGGGGACGGUGUCGUCUCACGCAUACUGCUGCCAUCGGUGAAUAUGGCCCCAGUGGAGCUAGAGGUGCUGCAGGACGCAGCCGAAGUGGUCCCGUAUCUCCCACUCCUCAGCCCCAAACAGCUCGUAGCCGUCAUAUCGGCCCCCCGCCUGUUUGUUGACAGGACAGGCCUCAACAUCAAGCCCAUACACGGCGGAAGAUACUCUCCAGACUUUGGAGGCUAUUCUCUCUUAGGCGAUUCCACGACACCUGAAUUGUCGCUUUUCAUGGUUCCACGUGGAUCAGAGCCCGUGGAAUGUCGAGUGGACGUCCCUGCAUUGCACGGCUUCACUCAGGCGGAGAUGGCCGCCCCCUCUCGACUGUAUACCUUGCGGUUGAAGACCGAUCAGCUCAGCAUGUCUCAGACAGCAGGCGCGCUUUGUCGCGUGGUGUCUUUGGUGCCAGAGUUUCUGCUGACAAAUUGUCUUACUCUGCCACUGUACUUUAAGCAGGACCAAACCCAAGGGCCCAUAUUUGAGGUGCAUCCGGGAGAAACACACGCAAUUUUUUGGCCGCGUGAAGAUCUGCCUAAGCGUUUGCAAUUCGUCGUGGGUCGCGGCAAAGUGUGGGGAUGGUCAGGGCCUGUUGAGGCCAGUGAGGAGACAGCUGGGAGGACGUGGGUGGCCCUUCCCACGGUCGGCAGCAAAGGGGAGCAGACAGAAGUGUACGCCGUAGAUGUGGCGCCUGAGGGGGGCGUGAAGGGGAUCGCUAUACGGGGCCCAGACACACCAGGAGCAUUCGUUGUAAGAAACAACUGCUCCAUAGUGCAGCGCGUCAUGGUCCACACCUUCCACGCUGAAAUGAACAGCAGCAGCAGCAGCAGCAGCAGGCAACAGCCAAGGCCUUCAGAGGCGGACUGUCACUUUUUUGCUCAUGAAGGGCAGUCGGUGGUCUACGGGUGGCCGUUUCCCUUCAUCCACAAAUCCAGACCGUGUCAAGUGCUUCUGUGGCUGGAUAGCAAGACUGUGGCACCCCGAAAGCCAAUACUAUUUGACAUGGCGAACCCCCAGUACAAACGUUACGAAGUGAGUUUAGGCCUUCCAGGGGUGCCGGAUAUAAUUGUGGCUUCUGGAAAGAGAGGCGACGACACGCUUAUUACUGUCCAAUCUAAAGACAGCCCAACCUUUUCCAAGCAACUCACGCUCGCACCUCAAGCCCCACAAGGACAAACGCCGCAGCUAGACGUGACAGUUGAAACCUCAUUCACGAGCCUUGACGUAGCCGUGAAGAUACAAGAGGUUGCGGUUUCGCUGAUAUGCGACCGUCUGGCGGAGGAGCUGUGCUACGCGAGCCUGUCCCAGCUGGCAGUGGGGCUGCAGCAGAGAGGGGACAAGCAAAAGGUCGUCUUAAGAAUUGAAAAGGUUCAAAUAGACAAUCAAAUGGAAAGCGGGAAGAAGCCGGUGGUUCUUGCAAACAGAGGAGGCAGAGAUGCCAGCAACACAGACCCACAGAGUUCCCAGGGCGUUCUGAAGGUUCCCACACCUUUCUUGACUAUAUUUAUGGUGCGUUUGAAUUCGGGGAGUCGAGACGUAGUUUUGAAAAGGGCUCUGGUGGAGAUAGACGACCUUGAAAUCGACAUAGAUGCGGACAUGCUCAACGGGCUUAAUGACUUCCUUUGGUCGUGCAUAAUAGCGUUUGGGUUGGCUGAUGCUGCCUCCCGGCGUGCAGUGUCGUUGGAGGAGCUGCAGGUGUGGGGCUGUGAACCAUUAGUACGCAGUUACGAGCCCCCGCCGCUUCCUACGAUUCUGUCUCUUGAAUCCUUGGUAAUUUCCCGAUUUAGAGUUUACUGUUGGUGCUCCUUCGUCCUCGACAAAAUGCACAUGAUGUCAGACCUGCUGAAAUUAGGCCUGCGCAUUCUCAUGGCUUCCGGAAGACUUGAACUCACUGGGGCGCGGCUGAGCUUCAGCCAGGAGGAGUUUCGUUACCUUCGCGGCACCGUGGCUUCCUUCAUGUCUUGUCUCCAAGAACGCUACACAUACCACCUGCUGUCUUCUCUCUUCUCCUCCCUAGGGCAGUCUUCACUGCUAAAUCUGCCGCGCAUGCCGUACGAAUUUGGGCGCAACACCAUUGGUCUAGCAGCCAAUGCCGUGGACAGUGUCUCUGCAGGUCUGGGUUCCUUGCUGUCGACCUUUACCUUUGACUCCAACUACAUCAGCAAGCGGCGACAAGAGAGGGGCCGCGGGGCAUCUGGCGUACGCGAGGGCUUUCUCUCGGCAGGCAGGAACAUCGGCGAGGGGGUUUGGGCCCUGUCUAGCAUUGUCACGAAGCCCAUAGAGGGCGCUCAAAAAGAGGGAGUGGGAGGGUUCUUGAAGGGAAUAGGCAAGGGACUGGUGGGCUCCCUUGUGAAGCCCCUUGAUAGAGUAGGCCAGGCCGUCUCAGAUGUCACCAGAGGAAUACACGCGGAGGUCAGCAAGCCUAUGGGCGCACUCAAGCUCAUCAAUAAACGACUCAGGAAUCCACGUAUGAUUGGCGAACAGGGACAAGUUCGCCCAUAUGAUGAGACGGAAGCACAACUGCGACAGAGUCUUGGCCUGGCCGUACUGCGUCCCAUGCAGAAAUGCAUGACGGUACUCGAGCAGGACACUCCACAGCGCUGCCACUUGGCAGUUCUGUUCUACCCACAGGACAUAUUCCUAGUGGACUUAAAAGGGGGACUGCAGGGGACCCAGCAGGGAACUUCCCGUCGGGGAAGCAGCGCAGGCGAUGAGGCUGGUGGCCAAGUGCACGUUCUGUGGCAUGUGAGCGUGGCAGACAUACGGGAAGUAAAGGCUGGGAGUCAUGGAGUGAUCGUGAGGACAUCUCAGAGCUCCUCAGGAGCCCAGCCGCAGACCGAAGCAGGCCUUGGAAGGGCCUCAACGCUAGGGAUAAUGGCUAAGACUCAGGCAGGUAGACGGAGCACCCAACCUUCAGUAACUACAGGGGCGCAGAGAGACAUCAUGCAAACUUUUCAUAUCCCCUGUGCAAAUGCAGCACUCGCCAAUGAGGUUUACAGGGAACUACUUGAAACGCAGAGAGGCAGCGCGACUAUUGUGGAGCUCGGGGCAAAUAGACGCGCAGCGGAACUGACUUGA